AUGCCCUUUUCCCAUCAUAGCCAUUCAGGCCAAUUCUGCCCAGGCCAUGCCAAGAAUUCGUUGGAAGAAGUCAUCCAGGCGGCGAUUGCAAAGAAAAUGAGAGUAUUCUGCCUUUCUGAGCAUAUGGUCCGCUGUCGACAAGACUUCUAUCCAGAGGAGAUCGUUGCCGGGGGCACAGAAGCUGCCUUGAUCGAGAAUGAAGCCCGCUAUUUCGCCGAGGCGCUGCGGCUGCGCGACCAGUACGCUCAGCAAAUUGAGAUCCUGAUUGGGCUGGAAAUCGACUGGAUCCGACCAGAAUCUUUCAUGCUUAUUGAACGGUCACUCAGCCGAUUCCCGUUCGAGUUCUUCGUCGGGUCUGUACACCACAUGCAUGAAAUCCCCAUCGACUAUGACCGCGAGAUGUAUGUACAAGCCCGGGAGGUGGCCGGUGGAACGGAUGAACGCCUUUUUGCUGAUUACUUUGACGCUCAACUUGACAUGCUGCGCAAGCUGAAACCGCCGGUCGUCGGCCAUUUCGAUUUGAUCCGAUUGAAGAGCGACGACCCGGACCAAAGCUUUACACAGUGGUCGGGCGUGUGGGAAAAGAUUCUACGGAAUCUAGACUUCAUAGUCAACUAUGGAGGUCUAGUAGAGCUGAACUCCGCGGCUCUGCGAAAGGGCAUGGCUGAACCAUACCCCAAAGCCGAAAUUUGCAAGGCGUUUCUCGUCCGAGGGGGCCACUUCUGUCUAUCUGACGACAGUCACGGCGUCGAUCAGGUCGGACUUAACUUUCAUCGCAUCCUGCCGUUCAUCGAUGCCGGGGAUCUCCACGUCCAAUUGACACUCGAUUUCUUCGGACACGAGUCUGCUCUGUCCCAGUAG